UAUGGAUUACAAUAGAAACGAUACAAUCACUUAAGAGCUAAAGACUAAGUUCAAUUUAAAUGUUUAGUACAUUAUUCAAACUAUCUAAUAGAAUUAAAGACCCAUAAUCACGUCUCUUUCUUAAAGGAUAUUUCAAAUCAGAUUCUGAAAUACAUUCUUCAAGAUUUGAUAAGGAUGACAUAAUGUUAGCUUUGGGAUGUUCAAAUGGAUAAGUUUGUGUUUAUGAUCUCACUAGAAGUACUAUUUAAUUCAAUCUUAGGUGAAAGGACAGCAUUUUAUACAUAUCUCAGUUCUAAAUCAAAUAUGAAAUUGCCAUGUACUGCUCUUAGGUUUAAUUUACAACUAUAAAUAGAUGGUUUUCUAGUGAAAAAUCUACAAAAAUGAGACAAGUCUUAAUUUCAGCAAACACUGAUGGUAUAAACAUGUAUCUAAAUUAGGUACCAUAAUGUAUAAAAAUGUGAAAACUGAUUCUACUAUCUAUUAAUUUAAGGAAGAAGAUGAUAAUGAAGUUUAUUGCAUAGAUGCUUUAAAAAACUAAUUAGCAACUUGUGGAAAGGAUUGUAAAGUAAUGAAGUUCUUCAGUAUUUUUAGGUUAGAGUCUAUGAUAUUGAAGCAUAAACUUUAUAAGCUACUUUAGAAGCUAUAUAAUGGGUUUAACCUGGUCACAAUAAUAAAUUAUUCAGUGUUAAAAUUGUACCUUAUGAAAAAAAUUUAGUUAUCAGUGGUGGUUGGGAUUAAAAUAUAGUUAUAUGGGUAGUUCUAUAAAUGAUAUUAAAGGAUUUAAGACAAAAAUCUCAAGCUGGAUGUAUUGUUGGCCCUAAGAUUGCAGGUGACACAAUCGAUAUUAGAGAAGGUACUAUUUUGACAGGGGCAAAUAGAAUGAGUGAAUAAUUAUAAAUAUGGGAUUUGGGUACUUUAAAAUUGAUUGAAAAUAUAAAAUGGGAUGAGAAGGUGGAUGCAGCUGGUGCAUUUAUAUAUGGAUCUUAGUUUGGAAAAGGAAAAGGAUAUUGUGUUGGAGGAGUAGCUCAUGGAACUAAUGAAUUUAAGAUGUUUGAUAGAAUUAAAGGAUCCUAUAAGGAAGCCAUGUAAUUGGGUGGAUUUAAUAAAGGUUCUAAUUAUAUUUAAUUAAAUUUAGGACUAUACACUAUGGAUUUUGCAAAUACAUCUAAUAAAUGUGUUAUUGGAGGAGGAGAUGGAUUAUGCUUAAUGUUAGCGAUUGUUCCUAAUAAAGACCAAUGAU